CAUCAUCAUGGACUUCGAAGCGGCGGCAUGGCGUGCCUUUCAGUACUUACUGCCCCAUGUCAAGGUGCGAGGAUGUGUAUUCCAUUUGACGCACGCCAUAUGGAGGCACUGUCAAGAAAUAGGACUGCAGAGAGCAUAUCGUGAAAACGAUUUUGUUUUCAAGUUUAUUAGAAGGUUGAUGGCACUGCCAUUCAUGCCGGCGUCACACAUCCGACCGAUAUUCCGGCAGCUGAAGCAGAAGGCUCCUGAUGGAAAGCUCAGCGACCUGUGCGUGUAUAUGGAGCGACAGUGGAUGGCGAAUAGCAUCUUCAAAGUAGCUUCGUGGUCUGUGUUCAACCAGACCACAAGGAAAAACAACCAUGUCGAAGGUUGGCACCACAGAAUAAAUAUAAAAGCUGGCGAGCAGCAGCUCGGUAUUUACAAGAUGAUACCCUGCCUGUAUCAAGAGAUAUCAAUGCUGCCAGUCCAGUGCAAAUUGAUGCAGGAGAAGAAGAUUGGACGUCAUCUCAGGACAUCUGCGUGCAGAAGCCAGCAGGAGCUCUUCCGCAACUGGACACAGUAUAAAGAUGGGGAUAGGAGUCCUGCUGAGCUUCUGAACGCUUGCGCCACAUUAAAUGGACCUACGCAUUCUGAAGGGUCGAGCCAGCAUUGAAAUUUAAAUUCAGUGACUUUAUUUCUGAAAUGUCUUUAUAUUGAGCUGUUGUGUGUGUGUAUAUUAUUUUCAUUAUUAUUUAAGAAUUGAAUGUUAUAUUUCUGACGUUCAUGCGAGGUGGCAUUUGUUCUGUCGAUGAAAUUAAAACUUUUAAAAACUAUAUAAAGAUAUUUGGGCUUCACCCCCAUCUAUUUACAUAUAACUAAUGGGUAUUCCAAUUACUGAAUGUGUUAAUUAAUAAUUCAUCAUCUA